GGGUAGUAUGACAUGCUGUGGUCGGCCCUGCUACCAUUUCUUUUUUAGUUCUUUAGCUGCACUUAACCUCCAGGGCUUUUCUCUCUUUUAAUGCGCUCUCUCUCUCAGCUCCAGCUUUUCUCUUUCUCUCCACCUCGACUUUUUCUCUUUUGCCUGCGCUGUCCAUUCUGUUUCCACCCUGCUAGGCCACGCGCAUCGCCAACUUUAACUUGAACAACUAGAUAAGCAAGAACAAAAGACUCCACCUCUGAAGUUGAGAGCAGCCUUCCUGGAGCACAGUUAGACAUCACAGAGCUGUGAUCAUACGCACCACGAUGAAACGGAGCCUGAUAACAGCUUUAAUUCUCUGCAGCAUCAGCUGGAUCUCAGUCUCAGGUUCUGAGUCUCAUACUGAGACUGUGGAGGGUCGGCCGGGUGGAGAAGUCACACUCACAUGCUCUAACCCGUCCAAAGGAGAGGCUCCAACACUCUGGUUGAGAGUGGUCAACAGAACCAAGGCCAGCUGGAUCUCCACGAUGACCAGGUCUACAGGAACACCUUUAUACAGUGAAAAUGGAAGAUUCAACAUGAGUACCAACAUCUCCACUCUCUCUCUCCAAAUCAAACAUGUGGAUGUAUCUGACUCUGGACUGUAUUUAUGUGGAUUUUACAUCGGAGGACGUUAUGAUUUCAGCGCGAUACACUUCAAUGUUAAAGACAGUGAUGAUUCUCAUGAUGACGCUGACAGGAAGUCUGAAAGCAGCGAUGAAUCUCAUGAUGACGACGACAGGAAGUCUGAAACAGAGUCUGAUGGAACAGCAAAGCUGAUGAGUUUGAUCCUGGGAGCUCUGACUGUUCUCCUCUUAUUGGUCAUCAUUGGUCUGGUUGUUACAAUCAGGAAACUUCAGAAAGCUGCCAAUGAAGAACAGAAUCCACAACAGCCUGAGAACCGGGCCUCUGAAGAGCUGAACUACGCAGCUGUGGCUUUCCGUCCAAAAACAAGAAAAACAAGAGAAGUGGAGCCCAAUGUUGUGUAUGCUUCUACUAGAUAGACUCAGGAAG